AUGCUCUCUUCUUCUUCUUUCGGUAAAAGGACUCGUCUUUCUCGCCUUGCCCUACUUUCUAAACACCGCCCUCCUCCUCUGAAGUCAUGCCUCGCCGCUUCGGAGUUUGAUCGAAACUCCACCCCAUCUGGGGAGCCUUGCGUCCGGAAGACUGUACAUUUCCCCGACGACAAGCUCUCCCUCGAGCGGGUCAAGAUCAUUCCGGCUCGGCCUGAGCGGAACCAAAAGACCAUCUUCAAGAAAGGCCAGGUCGCGGAGACGAAGUCGUUCAUCAUGUACACUUCGAAUCCCUCGGGCACCAACCAGCGGUUCCUUUCCAAGCUUCCUGGAAGCUCUGGACCUCGGUACGAAACCCAUUCACAAUGGAUGAGCGUUGUACGUGCCCGUGGUCUCGCCGCUGCGUAUUCCUCUGUGCCCCGUUCUCCGCGGUCUGCACCUUCCUCCGAAGGGCCAGCGCCCGAACCUGCCACCGAUGGUUCGCGGCAAGAGUCUUCCUUUGAUAUGUCCUCACUGAAGGAUGCCCUGCCUGAGCCUGCCUCCAGCAGUUCACCGCAUGGGUCUGACUUCGACAUGUCUUCGACGACUCGUGCGCUGCCUGACCCUGAGACGACCUUCGACGUCUCCUCUCUGGCCGAUGCACUUCCGGACCCGAACGACAGCUUCGAUAUGAGCUCGCUGAUGCGUGCUCUUCCCGACCUUGAUGCUCCAUCUGAGGUAUCAUCCCCUGCGCCUGCGCCCCAGUGCCUGGUUGCUCCCCCCUCUUGCGAAGCUCCCCAUCCUCCAAAGGUUCGUCGACGUGUGGUCCAGACCCGCAUCCGGGUUGGCCCGUUCUCUCCAGCCUGGUUCUUCAACCUUUCUGCAGUCUUCCUUGUGGUGGGGUCCUGCUUCCCAUGCCUUGCACCAGCAUUCUAUGCUGUGCUUGUGUUCCUCUUUAUCAAUGGGAUGUGCUUCUUUUGCGUUCGGUGUCCUCUGAGUCCUCCUCGACAGCUUUGGCUUCCUCUUUCCUCUUUUUCCUGUUUUGUUUUGUUUUGUUCUGCUGAGGCUUUUGCCGUUUGCUUUUGUGAAAACAAAACCCCCCCAAAAAAAUUGCUUCAUGUUGUUGGCGUUUCUGGUGUUUUCUGGUGUUUUCUUGUUUUGCAUUUGGGGAUCUGGUGA